AGAGCGAUGCCGGCACAACGCACAGCCAAGCUCACCUGCGCCACGUACGGCAGGCAAUACCAACACAGCAGCCACCUGCGCAGACACGAAGCGGCCCACCUGGGAGCGAAGCAGCUCAAGUGCCUCCAUUGCGGGAAAACCUUUUCGAGACGAGACGUCUGGAAGAAACACCACUCCAUCUGUCCCAAUAACACCAAGCAUGACGUCCCGCCUCCAGCCACGCGAGGGAAGAAGCCACGGGCUUGUGACGAUUGCUACCGCCGAAAGCUCUCCUGUGACGGCACAGCAGCCUGCGCGAGAUGCCGGUCCCGACGUGUGACCUGCACCUAUACGAGGUUGCAAGUCCGCGCCGGCAGUCAGUCAUCCGGCAGCGCUUCACUGAACGCCGUUGCGCUCACUCCCCCAUCGUCGAGUCCCGCGCCCGGCAAGGAUGACGACACCAAGGUGCCUAUCUCUUUUCUUCUCGGUCUGACUAAUCCCCAGGCCGAAUCGAUGAUCCGGAUCUUCUUCAAAGAGCCAGGCCGAGUUGAGGACGCCCCCAGCCUCCCGCUUCGGCCGGAGCCAACCAGCAUGGGCCUGGCCCAAGAUGAGCUGCUCAACGACGGCACCUACCUUCCCUACCUCCUCGGCCUGCCGUCCUCCGACCCGCUUCUUGACCUCAGCGCUUCACAUCCGGCCGGGGAAGGCCAUGCCGACCCGGAUUCCAUCGACCCGGUCCUGGAGCCGUUGGUAUCCGACCUCAAGGCCCUGCACGACACGCUGGCCGCCGAGAAGAGCAGCGGCUACGACGGCACAUUCGACCCGCAGCUCGCAAAGCAGGUCUUCUCCGCGCCCAACCGCGCCGCCUUCGUGGCGGCCUACUUCCGCCACACCCACCGCGACAUCCCGCUGCUCCACCGCCCGAGCUUCGACGCGGCGACCUCGGCCCGCCCGCUCGUCCUCGCCGUCUUCCUCUGCGGCGCCCAGUACUGCCCCCCGCGCGACUGCGUCCUGGCCGUCCCGCGCUUCUUCCCCGUCGCCGACGAGUACAUCUUCCGCUGCCUCGAGGCGCAGCUCGCGCAGUUCGCGUCGCAGUCAGGCGCCGGGCCCCGCGCCGACGGAGUUGCAGCGCUGGAGCGGGACCGGGACCGGGACCGGGACCGGGACCGGGAACGGGAACGGGCGCUGUACGAAACGGUGCAGGCGGCGCUGCUCAUGAGCGGCCUGCAGUUCACCAAGAACAACGACGCGGCCGUCCGCAGGCGCAACUGGCUCGUGCGCGAGCCCGUGCUGGUCCACGCCGUCCGGCGGCUGGGGCUCCCGAGCGCGAGGCAGACGCAGGCGCCGUCGUCGCAAAUUGCGAUGAUGACGGUGGCCGAGAUGACCUGCGACCUGCCGUGCAUGGAAGCGCUGUGGGAGGCCAACGACGCAGCUGAGUUUGAGGCGGUGGUAGCCUCCAAGGGCGAUGGCUGCUGGCGGCGCUCGGCGUCGUUCCGUGAUUGCGUGGACGCGUUGAUGGCGGACGCCUGGUCGGGGCCGGACGGCUUCCCGCUUGAGAACCCCUCCACGUACGAUCUCUAUCUCCUCAUCUCCGCCGUGCACAUGAUGAUCAGCACGGCGCGGCACGCGUCGCUGCUGCCGGCGAGCACACCCGCCCUUCGGCGCGCGGCAGACCGAUGGCAGGAACUGUGGGAAGCAUUGACCGGCCAACUCGAUGAAGAGCAGCUGCGCAUGCGCGGCCUUUCGCGACACGCGGGUGAGUGGUGCUGGCUCGCGAAGGCGCUGCUCGAGCACUGCGCGGCCGGGAAAGAGCAGCAGUCGCCGUACUUUCAACGGUUGGGCCACGAGUCGUCGAGGGAGUUGUAUGAGCUGCUUCGGGAGUUGCGAGGUGGGUCAUGAGGGACGAGCGACCAGCGCCUCUGGGGUGUUUAGGGGAAUGGUGGGAGUUGAUCGUGAACUGAUUCCUUUCUUCACGGUGUCUAAAAUCUAGGUAGACACUCCUUUCCUCCUACUCUUGCCCGCUCCUCGGACGUCUCCAGUCCUGCGCUAGAGUCCCAUAAUACCCACUCUCAGGAAGUGAUUUUCAAAAGAUCACUGCUCAGUGUCUGGCAGAUACUUGAACAGCUGGAUGAUAAUUAUAUUCG